AUACUCGAUUUUCUAGCUUACUUGAUGCAACUAUUGUAAUUAGUAAUUGAAUUCCAUGUUCAUCCUGUUUCUUUGCUCUUAUGGCCACUAGACGGCCUCAUAAGAAGUCGCGGAAGGGAUGCACCGCCUGCAAACUGAAGCACCUCAAGUGUGAUGAAGGUCAUCCCAAAUGUGGAAACUGUCAAGAUCGCUGGAUAACCUGCACGUAUCUGUGGAAGCAAAAUCCACCACCUUCCACCUCCAUGAGAGAGAGUUCACAGCAGAGGUCUGGUACUCAUUCCCAAGCCAUAGUAUCAUCACCUGGUGCCCCCUUAUCACCAUUUCACAUGCCACAAGCAUAUAACAUUGAAGCCCUCAAACUUCUUCACCACUACACGGUCAAUGUUUAUGAUUCUCUCAGCACUAUUAUUCCACAGCAGAAAGUAUGGCAGACAUACGUCGUACAGAUAGCCACGCGAAACGGUUUCCUUCUUCGCGGGAUUUUUUCUCUAUCUGCUUUACAUAUUGCCCUUGAUGGCUGCGAUAACCCUCAAAUUAUGGUGGCCGAGGCUGCCCACCACCAAAAUGCGGCACUAGUAGAGUACCGGCGUCUCAUAAACACCGGUGACAUUUCGCCAGAAAGUCAACGCGCCGCCUUCUUGUUCUCAGCUUUUCUGGCCAUGUGUGGAUUUUGCUUUAUUCGCGCAGAUGGGAACUUACUCGAGUCAAAUAAGGGCGAUCGCGGCAUUGAUGAGUUCUUGGCUUGCGCCAACUUGGUCAGAGGCAUGGUUGGCUUGCAUAGUCUGUGGGAGGAAAACAUCUACUGUGAUGGACUCUACGCUGCUAUUCGGAGUGGUCCGCCUACAGAUUUAUACCCCGACAUUGGUGGCGACGUCAUUACGGAGCUGCGUGCUCUAUCCGAUCUUGUUACUCGCUGCGAGGCCGAAACAUGCACGAAAACAUCUAAGGUUUGCCAAGAUGCCGUUCAACAGCUUUUUUAUUCAUUCGAGAUGAUCAGGAAGAUAACGGCAGACAGAGGCUCAACAUCCCCAAUCACAGCUGGACUCAUGUGGCCUGCUGCAGUUUCCAAAGACUAUCUAAUUCUUCUGAAUCAACGAAACCCGCUCGCCGUCCUUAUUCUUGCUUAUUUUGGAGUUUUAUUGCGUCGGCUCGACUCGUUCUGGUUCUUCCGGGGGUGGGGAAAGCAUCUGGUCGAGACAAGCGCAUCCAUCCUGGGUGAUUCGUACGCUGAUCUACUUGCCUUCCCAAAAGCGUCGGUGAGGCUAUUUGAUGUUGAUAAUCGGUGCAGCCUCGGACAAACUCCAAAAUCCAGCCUUUAAGCAAGGGUCAAAGUUCAAAUGGCCAUACGGGGUCAGCCUUCUCCAAGAUAAUUAUUCAGGCAUUAUACAGUAGAACCUGGUUAUACUGAUUCAAAAAACUCUAUCGACAAAUAUCGAUUUAGUCUCGGUAGUCCCGGAUUUUUUCAUUUCUAUUAAAUUGGUUAGGUGAUAAAAGCCUUUCAGAUUUAAUUAAUUAUUUUUAUCAUCAAGAUGAUAUCAAGAUCGAGAAAAAGUUCAUUGGGUUAUAGUAAUACAUAAAGGUACAUUGGCACAAUUCUAUCCGUAUGUUCAAUAUCAGUAUAACCGGGGUUUACUGUAUUUACGGCAAGAUUCAGUUUCGCUCUAAAUCUUUGCUUCGCAUCUAUAUUAAAAAAUACAUCAUUGACGCCAACAAGCUACAAUUCAUCAAUCCGCCAGGAUAUCUAGCUAUCCCUCUUCAGACUUCAAACUCCUGAAUCCCGGUUACGCAAAUACAUGCCCGUACUUCCAUGCAAGGUCGCUUUGUCUCCCAUGACAUCGGAUGGGUGGAAAAUGUUGAGUAUCACCAUUACAAAAAACAUCAAAGUUGCGUCGAAGAUGUAAGCGAAAACCUCAUGCGAAAGCAGAUACCCGUCAUUUCCACCAGCAUACUCGAUCAAGCGAAAAGCCGAACGGACCAGGAUCAGUGCGCUCGUAAUAUACAAAACGUACAGCAGAGCCUCCCAGUUCUUGUUAUUCAUCAUGUUUUUAACGGACAUUCUCAUCGGCGCGGUACUUGUGGUUCUUUGGAAUCGACGAUGGAAAAUAGUCGCGGUGAGGAUGAAGACGCUGAAGAAGGCAAGUUGGAUGGCAAGACCCGCUAUUGUAAUAUACUCUCCAGUAGUCAGAGCGCUAGCUGUUCCGCUAGCCAUAAUUCCUCCACCUGUAUCAAAUCACCUCCAGAUCAGUAUAUGUAUUCCUCAAUAUCAACAUACGGGGGGAGGUGGACCCGAGCACACAAGACAACAUACCGGCCGCUUGACUCAGAAAUGCAAUGACAUCUCCAGUGACAAAAACCUUGGUCAUCCACUUCUUGCGGAUAGGCGACAUAUCUUCUGCGUCGAGUGCGACGACCAAUCGUCCGAGAACCAUGUAUAUCGAGGCGGCGAAGAGCGCCGGUGCGAGCAGAAUCAGUAUCGUGGUGAUGCUGUAGAUGGGAAUGGACUCUUUGUUGGAAUGCGCCAUAAUUCGAAAGAUAUAUCCGACGACUUCGACUGUUUGCGCAUUGUAUGAGCGGGAGUGGGGACGAGAAGGAGAUGAGAUGAAGAAAAUAGAAAAUAAACAUACAAAUACCGCCGAUCACAAGAGGAGUAAAGUACCAUGAUCGGGCCCGGAUCAUCUGGUAUAUGUGAUACAACGUCGUAGCUGCGAAGGCGAUCAGAAAAACCACGGCCGCUCCUAGAUUCGGCGUGUAGCGGUAAAGUUUGAAGACUGGAGUGUCUGUCGGGGCCGAGGAGGAGGACAUUUUUGCUUUCGGUCGUUGGAGGGAGGACGGGGCCUUUUUGUAUAUUAUAUUUCUUGAAGAAAAGGAUCGAAGAGGCGGAUCGCAGCAGAGAGAGAUGGAAAAGGAAGUGCUGUUUUGUUAUCUAUACAAUAUACAAUACACAGUGAGUACAAAUGAGCGUCUGCCCACUUGUAGUAUAGUAUAUAUAGUAUUGCUCCAGAUCCCAAAUUAAAGUCAAGUAUCAAAGUAAAGUAAAGUAAAAGCAAACAUAUGAAUUCAGAAUUUAGAUAAAAAUGAAU